UAUGAUAAAGAAAGAAGCAUUACAACAUGCCAGGAACCCUGGUAAGCACUGUGAGUACAGAGAAGGAUGAAAACAGUCCCGUUAAGGACAUAACAAUUUAAUGGGAGAAACAAUGUAUGUGUACAUAUGUUGUAUAUGUGUAUACAUAUAUGGGUAUAUAUAUAUAUAUUGUGUAUAUGUGUGCAUAUAUGUAUAUACAUAGCUAUAGAUACGAAAAAUUGGAAAUAGUUAUCAUUGGCAUUAAGACCUUGAUCUUGGAGCACUGCUCCAUAUGGCGGUGGUAAGUCCUGUCUCCAAAUGGAAAGGGAGCAACGUCCCUGCAUUGGAGAUGAUCCGCAUCCCAUUUGAGGCUCAUCCCAACCCGGGCCGUGGCACACAUAUUACGCAUGCGCCACCUUCCUGCAGCCGCCUCAGCCGAACCCUGGAUAACGGAUUCCAUCCAUCCCACCUCUCCCCUCCCCCAACCGGAAAUGGGAGGUCGCUAGGGGCGGGGCGUCGCGAGGGCGGUAGUUUUGGGCUUAUGUCGGGGUCCCGACCGCCGGUCCUCCUUUUUCCUCGCCUCCUCUCAGCUCCAUCCCCUCCUUUCCCCGCCAUGGCGGCGGCGGCUGCCUACGUGGUGCGGCUGCUCCUCGGCUCGGUGACCUUGUCGCUCCCGCUGCUCGGGGCUCAGGCGCCCUCCGCCGCCGCCGCCGCCUCCUCCUCCAAGGCGGUGACGGCCAGUUUGUCUGCGAAAUGGCCCGCGACCCCGCUGCUGCUGGAGGCGAGUUCCCGGACUCCAGGUUAAUUGAGCAGCGCUCCCGUAGCCAGCCCACACCACCGCCCUCUCGGCACCGGCAGAUCAGCUGCUACCUCCCCGCCCCGGGUGGGGUGGGGUCGGGUCGGGUCCCCCAGGGCCAGCACCUGCACGCCCGCGCCAGAGGGGUGGCGGCCGAGAGCCCAGGCCGGGGGGCGACGAGCCCCGCUGGAGCCGGGGGAAGGGCGCGGGUCUCGCGGUACCUUGAGUCCAGCGGCAGAAGAUGGUGUCGGAGAGGCCGGGGCUGGUCUUGGGGCCCCACACCAGCUCCACCAGCUCUUUCGUCAGUUUGUACAUGAUGAAGUGCCGCGAUCGGUUUUUGGUUCCAGGCCUCCCGCCCCGAAACAUGGGGACUGGGGAGGCUGGGAAGGCUCGGGCUGAGGCAGCGGUGGUGAAGUGGAGGAGAAGAAGGAGGAAGAGAAAAAGAAGAAAGAGAAGGAGUAAAACAAGGAAGGA